GUGAGAGUGUGGAACGCAUCGAUCGAUGGAAGUUUCCGUACUGUCCGGCUGGCCCGUUUUAAAGCGGAGGAAACGGAAAGGGAAUUCGCUAAGUAUCGGUUGGAGGUAGAGGAGCAAAAACGCCGGCAAGCCGAUGUCCAAGCUCGAGCCCUCGUUCGUGCGGAAAGGAGCGGGCGGAGAAGAGCUGCCGCCGAACUGAACCGACGAGCCGAAAUUUUCUCUACCGAAUUUGAAGCGUAUAAAGAGGCUCAGGACUUUGUAGGCGAUUUUCGCGAGUGUCGUGGUUCGGUUGGUACUCUACACAAGAUGCAGCGUGAGGAUUUCUCUCUUUCCGGCGAACUUGCCGCAAUGAAUGGCUCGAUGAGAAUAUGCGCUAAUGCCGAAUCCUUUGUUCCUCCUUCCCUGGUAAUCCAAUUGGUCACUGACUAAACUUCACGCCGAGUAUCGAUUCCUGGCUCCACCGUGAACCCCACCGCAGCGGUUUCGAAUUGAGGCUGAGGACCAGUGAAUCAGCUUCACAUUCGAAUCUCCGUAAGCCUCACUUUCUUAGAAUUUCUUACACGAAAUGGUGUCAGUGUCGAAGAAAGUAAAGAGUUAGGUCAUGAAUCAUGACUAGUUUGUGUAGAAUUUCACAUCCAUUUUGUUCCUGCCGAUCUGUGAUGGAUAGGAUAAGUCAGCUACCUGAACAUCUUCUUUUGAGGAUUCUGUCGUUGCUGCCUAGUACCAAAGAUGUUGUGGACACAAUGGUUUUGUCCAAACGGUGGCAGUUUCUGUGGACGCUUGUGCCAAGACUAGUCUACGAUGGUAUCCAUCAGAAUACCACGAAAGAAACUUUCUCGAAGUUUGUAGACAGAUCAUUGCUUUUGCACGAGGCUCCAGUUCUAGACUAUUUGCAGUUCAGGCUUGGUUGGAAGUCUAGUGAUGUUGAUAAUAUUGGAGUAUGGGCUAGAGCUGUAUCUAGACACUCUGGGAAUAUUCUGAGUUCCAUAUCCCCAGUCAGGGUUCUCUAUCUACGUUUAUCAUCCUUAGAGGAUGCAUAUCCUAGUAGUGGUUGUAUCUUCCACCGCCUGGUAGAUUUUAAGCUCUGCAGAUGUGAGAGGCAGUGGUUGGACUUACUUAUGUGUGUGCUAAGAGAUUCUCCUAAAUUACGAACUCUCAAACUUGUUCAGCAGUAUGGCUAUCAAGCGGAUGAUCCGAACCCAUGUUGGAGUGAACCGAGCUUAGUUCCUGAAUGUUUGCUAUCGAGUCUUGAAACUCUCGAAUGUGAAAGCUAUGAAGGAACAAAAAAAGAGAAAGAAGUGGUGGAAUAUAUAUUAAGAAACGGUCGAUGUUUAAGAAAGGUGACUAUCUCCUCUAGAUCCACCGACUCUAACAAGAAAAUUAAGGAGCUGGCAUUGUCGUUCAGGAGUUCACCUAUCUGCCAGGUUGUAUUCAACUGAAGCUAUAGUCAGACUGUCAGACAUAUCAAGUAACAUCGUGUUUGGUCAGACAUAUCAUAUAACGUUUUAUGUUUUCUCUCGCUAAGUAGAAAAACUAAUGGAACAUCAAAACUUUUUGCUUUUUUUUUUAUUAUUGACUUUGCUGUUAGGCUAAACUGUACACUGUUUGGUUAAUUGAAACUUCAACAAA